AUGAAACGUUCAAACAGAAUCACCCGUGCAUAUGUGCCAACGCCAAAAUUACGUGUUAAACCGAAAAAAAUAAGACAUGAAGAAACCGAGGAAAUAUUAUCUGAUAAAUUUUCAGAUGAUGAUCAUGAUACAGAGAACAUUACCCUUUUCUCCGAGGAAUGUAUAAUCGAAGAAACCGAGAGCUCAUCAAUUAUCAGUUACAUUUCAUCAAACGAAAAGCCCAGAAAAGCACGUGAUGAGAAUCUUGACAACUACCAACCUUCGUAUAGGCCAUUAUCUGAUAUCUUAGAUAUCUUAGAAGAAGCAUCGAUCGAAUAUGACGAAUCUGAUUCAGAUUCAAUAUAUGAUAGUAGAAAUGAUGAACAGUUAUUCGAUGAUAUAGAG